AUGCAAAAUAGCAGCUCUGAGGAAGUACAUCUGCUACAAAGACUGCAGGAUAUAUACCUUGGUCACACUCAAAGUUCGAAGUCAGUCAAAGUCACAUGGGCAGAGACAUAUUCCGGAUUCAUCGUCAUUUUGAAUAACUCCCUGCCUAUUUAUACAAAUUCCCCGAUCUCGAAGGCAUCCAGUACCUCCCUCAUCACGCUCAUCACUUUUAAACGACAAACUGGAUACUACAACCUCGAAGAUGUCUUACGCGAAAGCAGUCUCGCACGGUGCUCGACAAUCUCCCGAAGAGUCGAAGUCACCGAAGCAGAGCCAGCAACAACCUCCCUAAUCGACGUCGACUCCCCGCAUGUCUCCUCCGUUCCCCCCACCUACGAAUCCCAGCGCGUAAAGACAAACACCCAAGCCGAGCGCAUCGAGCGCGAGCACGAGGAGAAAAAGCGGCGCGAAGAAGCCGAAACAGAAGCCAAGCGUCACGCAGCAAGACACUCCAAGGGGAAAGCGAAAGCAACGAAGAACAAAGCAGUCGCAGCCAAGUCGUGUCUCGCCCGUAACAAGUCGAAUCCGGUCGUUUUGGGAAAUGCGUUGUUGAUCGCUGUUGCGGGUGCUGGGCUGGGGUUUGGCGCAUAUCAGAAGCAUGCUCAGGGUUCGUUGACGUGGCGCGUUGUGGGAGUUUGGUCUGGUGCGGUGGGUGCGGUUGGGGCUGUGGAUUAUUUUGUUAGCAAGUGAGUCUUUUAUGUUUUUGACUUUCAAUUUCUUAGUUUUCUUUUCCCCGUCUUUGAGUCGUGCUGACUGGAGUUGUUUGUGUAGAUGGUUCUUGCAGAAUAAGUAUCC